AAUGGCUGGCAUAACAAUUGUUUGGUUAUUGUUAACUUUAAGUUUAUUUACAUUAUUGGUAAACGGCAGCUACAAUGACAGUGAAAUUGAACAGCAAUUAAGUGAUAUCAAGAAAAUUAGUGAAAAUUUUAUAUCAAAAUCUAAUUUUAAUGAAUAUUGUGAUAUUAAUGAUAAUUGUACAGAAAGUCUGGUAUGUUUAGACAAUUACUGUCGGUGUAAACCUAACCACAUCUGGCAUAAUAAGACCAAAAAUUGCCAAACAUAUCAUUGUUCCGAUAGUAUUAAUGAAUGUAAAAAAUAUGAUGAGAACCGGGAGUGUAAUAAUUAUGAACCGGUUUAUGCAUUAUUUGGAUCAAAAUGUGAGUGUCGUUCGGGAUUUCUUGAGGAUAAACGGUCCUUAAAAUGCAGAAAACAUUGCUUUAAUAAUAACGAUUGUUCCGAUCAAAUGGUUUGCGUAGAUUUCAUGUGUCAUAAUAGGCCUAACUAUAGAUUUAAUCAGAUUAUUGGUAUUCAACCAUUUAAUUGUACGAUAGACUCAAACUGUUGGUCUAAUGGCGAUGAAAAUAGAGAGUGUAGUAAUGGUGUGUGUAUAUGUAAUUUUCAAGAGGAUAUGAUAUCAACUAAAUGCUACCUAACCUUCUACUCCCUGUUCCGUCCACGCAAUUACUCGACCAGAAAGGAGAGACUAUUGAUCUGCACUUUAGUAAUUGUGCCGUUAGUUAUCAUAUACUGUGUCUAUAGCGACGCUAAGAAAAGACGAUCCAAGAAAUUACUCAAACAAACUAUUCUUCAGAAAAAUCAAAUGAAUAUUAAUUACUUAUAUAUGACUAAAAACCAAGAGAUUAAAGAUAUGAAUAAAAUUGUGUCACAAAAAAACUAAUAAAACAUUUUUGUUGU